UUGUUGCUCCCGGAGAAAGCCAAACUCGAAAGACGACGACGACGACGACGGUAGCCCCUCAUUGAGAUUUGCCUAAUAUUGUGCAAAGUGAAAAGACAGAGUGACGAAAUCAUGUCGGAUGAAGAUUUUUUCCGUGGAAUCCGGGACGAUAUUGUAAAUAGUACGACUAAGAUGCAGGAAGCGAGUGCCACGAAGGGCAAAAGUGCACCGAAAGCACCGAAAAAACCGGUGCAAUUUGUGGCCCUGGACCAGGAGGGAGGAGUGCCGGUGCAGCAACCGAAGCAGGUCGACAAGGGCGAACAACCGGAUCCAGCACCCGGUGCGGCGGACAACGAUAGUCCUCCACCUGCUGGAAGGCCGGAUCCUGCUGCACCAGCUCCAGGACCCAGCAAAAAAAGUGAAAAGAAGCUGAAGAAGAAGGAAGCGGCUGCGGCCAGCAAGGAAGCGGCAAAGCUCAAGAAGAAGAGAAAGGAUAAAACGGCGACCCCGGCGGGGGGGAUACAUAAGCUGGAGCAUUUGCAGGAAAUGAUCGACGACAUCAAAUCGCAAAUCAACGAGCUUAAACAUGAAUCCCACAAGAAGAAGCUGCUGCCAGGGAAGGUCAGGAAAGGCCAAGAGACCGCCACUGCGGAGGUACGUGGCGGUGACAGGGAAGAGCAUGAGGAAAAGCGCGAAACGAAGCGAUCGGUGCAGUGGAAUGAAAUGAAGGCGGCCAGUACCAAGAGGUCAAAGCACGUGACACCGGAUCAUCCGACAGAGAAUGGGAAUCCGCAGGUGCAGCUGAAGGAUCUUCCCUCGGACCAACAGCUCCUACUGGCGCUCUUUACGCUAAAUUCCUCCCAGCGGCAGCAGUUAAUCGAGAAGAUUGGACUGAACUAUGGGCUACUCGCGGCUCAUCCGCAGAAGAAGGACAAGAUCGUGGUUGCGGAGGCGUUCCGGAGCAUCUCGGAAUCGUUGCAUUUGGCGGCGAUGGAGUUUAUGACAGUGACGGGGAAGAAGAAACGGUAUAAUCCUAAAGCUCGCCCGCAGCAAAAAGCGCAUCAUUCGCAUCAAAAAGCGCACGAUGCGCCGCAGGGUAAAGUGAAGCAACCGGAACGGCAAACGUUCGAAGCGCAAGUUAGCUAUCUGCUGAACGAUGGCAAGACGCGGCCGUUAAAGGAGUACAAAGCGGAGCUAACGCUCGGUGAUCGUGGUUCGCAGAAUGCGACCGAACAUCUGAUCGCUUUCGUCGAUCGUUUAGUGGCGAAUCGGGUGGGCUAUCUGGUGGAGGGGCCGUUACGGAUAAACCCGAACAAUCACUACCAAUCCUUUGUGGACGAUCCGAGACAGUCGGGUAAUGUUUUCAUCAAUUCCAUCCUCCUGCGCCAGUGCGCCAUGGAGGGCGAUGUGGUGCAGGUGUUCGUGAAGUAUGACGAGUCUAAGGAAGAGCAACCGGCGAAAGAUGGCGGAAAGGUGGGCCCGGCAGCGGAAGCUUCGUUAGAGGAGGUAGCAGAUGCAUCGGCACCGGAAGGUGUGGUGGUGGACGAGGUACAACCGGUAACCGCUGUCGUCGCACAAGCACAACCUACGGCACGAAAUGGUCUCGGAUUUGUGGUGCGUGUCCUCGAGAAACGCCACAAUCGACAGUGUGUGGGCACGUUCGCUCCGAUAGGACAGGGCAAGAAGCACUAUCGCAUGUUUAUACCGCGCGAUAAGCGCAUUCCGGCAAUGCGCGUCCUGCAUCACGAUCUACCGAACGCAUUUCUCGAUCCAAUGAAUGCACCCAAUGAUGGCAAGGAAGGAGGAUCCGGAGACGGUGAUAUCGCUGCCGGGACGGAUCUAUUGGAGGUGAUCUAUCAAGCUCAGAUUGUGCAAUGGCAGGAUGAUGUACCGAUCGGUACGAUUCUCAGGCCCAUCGGCAAGUGUGGUCAGCUGGAGGUGGAAAACGAAGCAAUCCUUGUGGAGUAUAACCUGGACGUGACACCAUAUCCGGAGAGCUUGCUUGCACAGUUGCCACCCUGUCCGUACACCAUCCCCGAGGAGGAACUUGCGAAGCGUACGGAUCUACGUGGUGAAUGUAUCUUUACGAUCGAUCCAGCCACCGCACGUGAUCUGGAUGAUGCCCUGAGUUGUACGCUGUUGCCGGAUGGUAACUAUGAAAUCGGAGUUCAUAUCUCCGAUGUGACGUACUUCCUGCGUGAAGGAUCCUCACUUGACGAGCAGGUCAAGCUGCGUGCCACGUCUAUCUACAUGGUAGAUGGCGUUCAUCAUAUGCUGCCGAAGCAGCUGUGCAACAGCUGCUCCCUACUGCCCGGUCAGGAUAAGCUAGCGUUUUCGGUGCUCUGGAAGAUACGGCCAGAGGACGGCCAGAUCUUGGAUACGCGCUUCGAGCGAACCAUCAUUAACUCGUGCGCUCAGCUGUCCUACGAGCAUGCUCAACUGAUGCUGGACAACCCGGAAGGUUCUCUGGAAGGAGACGAAAGUAUGCCGGUGAUUGCGCACGGAUACACGGCCAAUGAGCUGCGGGAUAUCGUGAAUCGUUUGCAGUCGAUAGCGGUUAAGCUGCGGAAACGGCGUAUGGAUGGUGGCUGUCUUAAGAUUAACCAACCGAAGCUAACGUUCCGCCUCGAUCCGGCCACCGGACGGCCACUUGCCUACGGUGUGUAUCAGUUGCGUGCGAGCAACGAACUGAUCGAGGAUUUUAUGCUUCUGGCGAACGUGUCCGUUGCUGAGGCGAUCCAUGCCGCCUAUCCGGCAAUCUCGUUGCUGCGUAGCCAUCGGGCACCGUCGGAUAAUAUGAUGAAGAAGCUAGUGCGCAACCUGGCCGCACACGGAUACACAUUUUCGUACGAUAGCUCAAAGGCAAUCCGCGAAUCGAUGGAAGCGAUCGCUACGGCCGCGGAACAUCCGGAUGCGGUAUCCAGUGUGCUGAGCGUGCUGCUAGCGAAACCAAUGACCCGUGCACUGUACUACUGUUCGACGUUUGCGAGUUCACCGGAAGAUUUUGCCCACUACGCGCUGGCGAUACCGUUGUAUACGCAUUUUACUAGUCCUAUCCGUCGGUAUGCCGAUUGUUUGGUGCAUCGCGUACUGGCUGCUAGUCUGGGAAUCGACGCGGAACCUAAACGUUCACCCGAUGAGGUGCAGCGUUUGGCUUCGAUCUGCAAUGAGAAGAAGUACAACGCGAAACUAGCGGGAGAUGCCAGUUCGCUGCUUUACUUCCGGCACUGGUUAAGUACGGCCGGAGAGCAGGAAAUGAUGGGUGCCGUUUUGGGCUACGGUGAGCAUCACAUCGAACUGGUUCUCAUCCAUGCCGGGCUUGUGGUGAAGGUUUUCGAAAAGAAAAUUGCUGCAACCGCACGGCUGGUCUUCAAACCGGUUGAACCGACGGGUAGCUGCCUGUUGGUCCCGAAGGAUACUUCGAUCCCACCGGUGAAGCUGCAGAUAUUCACGAAAGUACGCGUCAUGGUUAAGGUACGUAAUGGGGCGAUUGUUGUGACCUCAGUCCUCCCGCUCGCCACUUCGGCACCGACCGUUCCCGUUGUUGAGCCAAAUCCCGCAUCCCCUUCGGCGGAGGAUGCUUCGAAUCCCGUGGAAGAAAUUUGCCAAGAAAUGGCAUCGGCCAAAGUGUACUGAAACACUUUCCUUCCCACCGCUCUAGGACUGCUUUUGAGAUUCUUACCAGCAUAGGAUGGCCCUUGUGCGUUUUUCCCUUUUUCCCAACUUCCGAAAUAUGCAGACCAUUUUUAGACAAAGCAGAAAUAAACAACACAUUUGUCGGCAUCCAACCCUA